UAUUGAUGAGCAGAUUAUACCUUAUGAUCAUGAAGGGUUAUAAAGGCUCCAGAAUGUCUGAAGGAGAAUGUCUCUUCUCUUUAGAUUAAUUCCUGUUAUCUUUAAAACUCUCUGUAGUAUCUCUUAUACUCGCUCUUCAACUUCACCAAAAUGUCAAAGAUACACUACAUCCAGAAUAUGUUCCAGACCAAGGACUUUGUUGACCGCUACAAGUACACCGAAAAGCUCACUGGGCUAUAUGCUCAGACCUUGGUUGACUACUCUGGCGUGGCUAAUACCAGCCAGAAGCCGCUGGUUAUCCUUGACAAUGCCUGUGGGAUUGGAGCUGUCUCCAGCGUACUCAACCGCACACUUGAUGAUGAAGCAAAGAAAUCUUGGAAAUUGACCUGCGGUGAUCUGUCAGAAGGCAUGUUGGGAUACACCAAGCAGAGGCUUGAAGAUGAACGAUGGGUCAAUGCUGAAACGAAGGUCGUGAAUGCGCUAGACACUGGGCUUCCAGAUGCGCAUUCUACGCACGUUUUUGUCUCUUUUGGCUUCCAGAGCUUCCCAGACGCCAACGCCGCCCUGAAAGAGUGUUUCAGGAUCCUCGCAUCCGGAGGUAUACUCGCAACCUCAACAUGGCAGAGAUUCACCUGGAUACCAAUCAUGAAAGCCGCCAUUGAGACCAUGCCCGGAAAUCUCCCAUUCCCAACACAGAAAGAGUUCCUCGCCCUUCACAGUACCGGCUGGGACUCAGAAUCCUACAUCCAGACUGAAUUGGAGAAGGUAGGAUUCCGAGACGUCAAAGUCACCCCUGUGCCGAAAGAGACGUCCAUGCCUAUCGACGAAUUCCUCGAAGUCUGCAUGAUGAUAAUCCCUUACCUGCUUCCCAAAUUCUGGACUGAGGAACAGCGAGAGUCGCACGAGAAGGAUGUUCCAAUGGUGCUGCGGCAAUAUCUGCAAGACAACUAUGGGGCGAGUGGACAGGUUCCUCUGGAGGCAGUGGCUCUCAUCACAACGGCCAUCAAGUCCUAGCACAAACUAAGCAGCUUCGACUCAAGAGAAGGUCCAGGAUGACUAGGGACCCACGGGCCACGUGUAUGUGGUAACCGGGCAUGGCAUCUGUAAUUGAGUGACUAUAAUAAGGAGCAAGACCCGGAUUUUUAAUGAUUGAAGGCGUCACUUCAUAGUUUCAAUGUCUACACUGACAAAAUUACCAUGAAAAGAGAU